AGGUUUUUGGCUCGAGCCGACAGCUGGGAGCAGCAGAAGGCCGCACCGGAUUGGCCAAUGGAGACGAAGGUGAAGUCCCUCGAGGCGGAGGAGCAGCGGCUGCACCGCAUCCGCAUCACGCUCACGAGCCGCAACGUGAAGUCGCUCGAGAAGGUGUGCAAGGACCUGAUCGCCGGUGCGAAGGAGAAGGAGCUCCACGUCGCUGGGCCCGUGCGGCUCCCCACGCGCACCCUGCGCCUGUGCGUGAGGAAGUCGCCCUGCGGCGAGGGAACCAACACGUUCGACCGCUGGGAGAUGCGCAUCCACAAGCGCCUCAUCGACCUGCACUCCCCCUCGGACGUGGUCAAGCAGAUCACCUCCAUCUCCAUCGAGCCUGGCGUGGAGGUCGAGGUCACCAUCGCGGACGUCUGAGCAGCGGGAGCCGAGCGCGGGUCUUGGAGUGCCACGGGGCAGAGCGCUUGGAACGCUUGUGGCCGCGCGACGACAAGGAGCACUGACGCUCCUCCUUCUCCUUCUAUUCCUCCCCA